AUGAACUGUGUCUGGCUUCCCUUUGCCAUCUGGAAGCAGCGCUCCUGGCUGGUGACCAUCAUCCUGCUCCUCCUGCUUCUGCUCCUCAGGCACCUGACCAGAAACGAAAUACUGAAGAUCAACUCUGGAGAAAAGCUGUUCAGCCGCCAACAGAAGAUUACUUUAACCCGCUCUUUGGCUAAACAGUGGGCUGCAAGAAAGUCUGGCUUGGAAAAGCAGGGAAGACCCAGCGUUGUCUUUCUGAAGACCCACAAGACAGGCAGUAGUACAGUGCAGAAUAUACUUUUCCGUGCCGGCGAGCGGCGCAACUUGACUGUGGCCUUUCCACGCUACUCCUAUCAGUUUGCAUACCCAGAACGCUUCUCCGGGGACUUUGUGGAAGACCUCCCACCUGGGGCUGCCCACUUCAAUUUGCUCUGCAGCCACAUGAGGCUGGACGCUGGGGAAGUCCAGGCUGUCAUGGCCCCCCAAACCAUCUUCCUCACCAUCCUGCGGGAUCCAGUGCAGACUUUUGAAUCUGUCUUCCAUUACUAUCGAAACAUCGUGCCCGCCUUCCAGCUACUGUACAACCACUCCAGCCCACUACUUGCUUUUCUUGAGGCAUCAAGUCAGUACUAUGAUGCUCAGGAUGUCAGCAACGGACUAGCCAGGAACCCCAUGACCUUUGACCUGGGCCUGAAUGCAAGCCGCGAAGCAGCCCCGAGCAGCCAGUGGGCAAGUGAGCUGGAAAGACUUAACCAAACCUUUCAGCUGGUGAUGCUUGCAGAACAUUUUGAUGAGUCCUUGCUUCUGGCACGGGAAUUGUUAGGUCUAGACAUGGAAGAACUGGUUUAUGUCCGGCUAAAUGUCCGUCAUAAGGAGUCGUCGCCUUUGGCAAAGGAGAUGGGGCAGAAAAUCCAGGCCUGGAACUGGUUUGAUGUGCAACUCUAUAGGUUCUUCCAGAGUGUCUUCUGGCGCAAGGUGGAGCACUAUGGCUAUGUACGCAUGAAGCGCGAAUUAGACGCCUUUCGGGCCCUGAGGCAGAAGACUGUAGCCAGGUGUCUAGCAGGGGGCCCUGUUGGUCCAGAGAUCAUGGCAGACGACCUGCGGCCCUGGCAGCCGGGAAGUGUCACCAUACUGGGCUAUAACCUGAGGCAGAAUCUCACCUCUGCCCAAUACAGAGACUGCUUCAGAAUGGUCUUACCAGAACUCCAGUAUCAUGCUUACCUCUAUUACAGGCAAUAUGGAAGGAACAUGCGCCCCCUUCCCACCACGUAG